AUGGAAUAUUUCCAUCAGCUGCAGCAGCAGCAACAACAUCAGCGGCAGCAUCAUUCACAUUUUCAUCAUCGUCGAUUCAUCGUCUCCAUCAUCAAUGAAAAAAGUACUUCGGAUUGUGAGCACAAAAGUUUGGUGGAACUCAUCAAGACUAGUCCCAUAAUACUUAAAGCUUUGGGUUCCCACAUUUUUAGUCCGGCUGAAAGCAACAACUACAACAAUAACUACGAUGAAUAUGUUGAUCUGCCUGCGACUUCAUCAUCGUCAUCAGCAGCAACGUCAUCGUCGUCUGCAUCCUCAUCGUCGUCUGCAUUCUCGUCAACAUCGUUCGAUUCAUCCGCAUAUCCAGCCUCCCAGUUGAGUGCAAAAAGUCUACUAGAAGAGCGCAUAGCGCAGACCAGACAAAAGCCAAACGGGCAAAAUUCCCUUGACAUGCUGACAGCAAAAUGUGACGCCAUUCAGUCCUACUCAUCCCUGGAUAGUGAUGCCCUUUUAAUAACAUUAACACCGGACACCAUUUACAAAGGAGCUUCGCUUUUGAAAACGGCAACAAAUGCCGUAGUUACUCCAGCCAACACUCGAAAUGCAGGUAGUGGUGCUUUUGGCAGUGGCAACGGCAGUGGUGGUGGUAUCAAUUCUGCUGAUCCAGUUGAUGCAGCCAAUGAUGGUGACACAUUGUAUUCAUCGUCGGAAUCUGCGGUUGAGGGACAAUUAAAUGCAACCAUAGAACCAUUAUCGUGCUUCGAUGGGAAUUUAUUAAAAAUAUUGCCGACAGAUUUAAUUAUUUUUGGCGAAUUAAUAACAAUGGACCAGCAACAACAGACACAACAACAUCGUCAUGGUUAUUCUGUAGACACAUCAAUGCCAUCGUCGCUAUCAUCAUCAGCAUCCGUCCACCAGCAAUCACAACACCAACAGAGUAACCAUCAGCCGUCACAACAAACCAAACAAAUCCUGAAGAUCAGCAUAAAUGGUUUACAUCGUUGGUCAGCACAAUUUGAAAGUUUCAUAUGGACACAUUUAGGUUGGGAUGAUUGGAGCGAUUUCACCGUUUGCAGUGUGGCCUGUGGCAAAGGCGUUCAGCAGCGCUUCCGACGUUGCCUUCUCGAUAAUCCCAUGGUCGAUAUGAAAAUGAAUUUCAAUGAAAUCGAGGAAGAAGAAAUCGAAGCCGAGGAAGAAGAGCUGGAGGUGGAAGAGCAAGUGGAACAGUACGAUGACGAUAAUGAACUGAUGGGCGAUGAGGUUACGGGAGAUGCCGAGGAGGAAAAACAAUACGACGAUAUUGACAGAAUGAUAUUUGAGGAUGAUGAUGACGAUGAAAUCAUUGAACAGCUCAAAGCUAUCGACAACUAUGACAGUGCCGAUGAUGAUGACGAUGGCGGACGUUCGAUGCUGAAUGCUGUUGCUGGCGGCGGUGGUGGUCAAGCUGUUGCCUUUGGCUUUAUAAAUGAACGUUAUGAAAAACCGGAUGUUAGAAAUAAAAAGCAUCGUAGAAGAGCUCAACUAUCACAGGAUGUUGCCAGGCAACGGAAUAGAGCAAAGAUCGACGACGAGGCGAUGGAUGGCGUUGAAGUGAUGACCCAAACGGAUGUAUACGAAGUGGACAACAAUAUGUUGCACUUUGUGACAGCACCAUCAGCGUCACUAGGUGGAAAAACACAAUCACGAAGGGCCAAAAAUAAACUUAAAACAAGAACAGCAACGACAACAACUGAACAACCCGAAAUUAUGCGCAUAUUUGAGGGUGAUUUCAACGAUGUCUACAGUGAACGAAUUUACAAUGAAAGUCCAUUUAAUGGUCCCCACUUGUCGGAGGAUAAACGAGACUUGAAAAUGCACAAAAAAGGACAGCGUUCGAAGCAUAAACGUCAUAAAUCAGCAAAAAUUGUGAGCACAAUGUUCUGCGAAGGCUACAAUAUCGAACAGAGAACGUGCAAUAAUUUUGAAUGUAGUGAUGAUAUCAAUGAUUUAUUGAAGUUUUAUCGAAAAUAUCCCAGCAACGAGGAAACAAGUGCGACAUCAACACAAGCAUUAAAUAACGAUUUUAAUACAGCGCCAUCAGCAGCUGUAUCUUCUUCAUCAUCAUCGUCGUCUGCAGCGGCGGCAUGGACCGCCACUUCUUCAGUUACAACCGCAUCAGCAACUAAUUUUAAUGGCGGAUCUGUUCCAUCGACACAGACAAAUGAUUUGAGUCUCUGGAAUGGUUUUACAGAAAAUACAAAUACCAUAACACCAAUACCGAAAAAUACUGGCUUUGUUAAGACAUGGCAUAACUUUUUAAAUUUUACCAUUAUGCUGACACUGCGAGCGAAGAAUGACAGUUAUAACUCGGCGACAGCAGUUACAACGGCGACAAUAUUUUCCAUUCACAACGGUACACACAAUCUGUACUUGGAAACAUAUCGAGAUGGUUUACACCUGUAUUUGGAAAGAGAUAAAACCACUGAAAUGCUGCCCAUUCAAUUUAAUUUAUACGACUAUCGGUGGCAUCAAGUGGCCAUAAGCAUAAAAAAUGGUGAUUUCAUAACGAUUUACAUCGAUUGUUCCUGGUCGAACAGUUUUGUCGUUUCGAAACGUUUAUUUUCAUUGCCUUUGGAUGCCGAUGUUGAAGUUGGACGAGGAUUCAAUGGUGAACUACAACAACUACUGAUAUUACCACGACUGCAAGGACGUCGGCAAUGUUCAGACAAACGAAUAUCCAUAAAUGAAGUGAAACGUUAUAUAAUCGAUACAUUUAUCGGUGAUUAUGGGAAUUAA